AUGGCAGCAACCACCAAUUCUAGAUCUGACCCUACUGCGGGUGAUCAGUCACCCCAGUCUGUUCAUUCUGCACCCGGAGACCAUUCGAGAGUGACAAGAGAGGAAUUCCUUAUCUUCCAAAGGCGAAUGGAAGCCUCCCAGAAGAAGAUGGAGGACAUGUUCAACAUGCUCUUAUAUCGAAGGAUUGCCAAGACCACGGCCCAUCUGAUGAGUAUGGUUCAAGGAGAACGGGAGACGCUAAAGAAGUUUACACACCACUUCGUCACAAUAACCCUAGAGAUCUGUAACCUAGAUCAUGGGGUGGCACUGGUGGCCUUAACCACGGCCCUCCAAUUCAGAGCCUUCCUAUACUCAUUAGGGAAGAAGCCACCAGCCGACAUGGGAGAGCUGAUGGCUAGGGCCCAAAAAUACGUCAACUUGGAGGAGGUAAUGGAUACGAGGACAGACCGGGCCGAAUUGAAAGAAAGGGGGCUAGAGAUAUCAGUGAGUCCUCCAGGGCCGGGAAAAGACAGGAGAGCAGCAAACCACAAAGCAGCUCUAGGAGAUCGGGGCAUACUAGGAUACGUUUCAUGGCCUGAGCCUAUGCGAACACCCUCGUAUAAGCGAAAUAUGUCAAAGUACUGUCAGUUUCACAGGGAUCAUAGCCACGAUACCAAAGAAUACAUUCACCUCAAAAAUGAAAUUGAGGAAUUGACAAAAAGGGGGCAUCUGUCAAAGUUCAUGAAGAAAGGGGACCGCCAAAGGGAAGCUCAUGAACAAAAAAAGCUCUAUGUAGAAGAAAAGAAAGAGCCGAUCGUCGGAGAGAUAGUCGCGAUCUUCGGUGGACCCGCCAGUAGUGGAGAUAGCUGA